ACCAAAGAAAAAGAAAAACCUCCCUUUUCCUCCUUCAUUGUUGGAUUGUAUUUGUAUAUAACCAAGAUAGUAAUGUCUCUUGGGAUUGCAAAAAUUGUGUGAAACAAUCACAACCAUUUUCACCAUUUUGAACAAACAAAGGAAGAAGAGAGAGAUCAACCAACAUGGCUUCCUCUGCUUGCACCAAACCCAUCUUCCCCUCCACCUUCUCCUCUUCUUCCUCUUCAGAAUCAUCCACGUCCAAAUCCUCUAACAUCUCAUUCCUCAGCUCCACCACCUUCCCCAAGCUCUCUCACGCUUCCACCACCACCUCCCGCCACUCUCAACAACGUUCCACGGUGGUCAACGCUGUUUUGAAAACAGUUGACCAAACACAAACCUCUGUUUCAAGCUCAAGCUCCAACGAUGUCGGAAACCUGAGCCUGAAGCCCACCAUCCUCGUCUCCGAGAAGCUCGGCGAUGCGGGGAUUCAGGUGCUGCGCGAGUUCGGUCACGUGGAAUGUUCCUACGACCUCUCGCCGGAGGAGCUCUGCAAGAAGAUCUCGUCCUGCGAUGCUCUGAUCGUGAGGAGUGGCACCAAGGUGACGAGGGAGGUGUUUGAAGCUUCUAAAGGGAGGUUGAAGGUUGUGGGGAGAGCUGGUGUGGGUAUUGACAAUGUGGAUCUGCAAGCUGCUACUGAGUUUGGUUGCCUUGUUGUCAAUGCGCCGACGGCGAAUACUAUUGCUGCGGCGGAGCAUGGGAUCGCUCUUCUCGCCGCCAUGGCCCGGAAUGUUGCACAGGCUGAUGCUGCCCUCAAAGCUGGAAAAUGGCUGAGAAGCAAGUAUGUGGGAGUUUCUAUGGUUGGGAAGACAUUAGCGGUGAUGGGGUUUGGAAAAGUUGGAUCUGAAGUGGCGAGGCGUGCAAAGGGGCUUGGGAUGAAUGUGAUUGCUCAUGAUCCUUAUGCUCCAGCUGAUAGAGCCCGUGCAAUCGGUGUGGAGCUGGUGUCAUUUGAUCAAGCCAUCUCCACUGCUGAUUUCAUCUCCCUUCACAUGCCACUUACUCCAGCUACUAAUAAAGUCUUCAAUGAUGAGACUUUUGCAAAGAUGAAGAAGGGAGUUCGCAUUGUCAAUGUUGCUAGAGGAGGAGUUAUUGAUGAAGAUGCAUUAGUAAAAGCACUUGAUAGUGGAAUUGUUGCUCAGGCUGCUCUUGACGUGUUUACUGAGGAGCCUCCAUCUAAAGAUAGCAAGUUAGUUCAACACGAGAAUGUCACCGUUACGCCGCAUCUUGGAGCUAGCACCAAAGAGGCACAGGAAGGUGUAGCUAUUGAAAUAGCAGAGGCUGUGGUUGGAGCCUUAAAGGGGGAACUUUCAGCAACUGCAGUCAAUGCUCCUAUGGUUGCUCCUGAGGUUCUGUUGGAGCUGGCUCCAUAUGUGUUGCUAGCUGAGAAACUGGGCAAGUUAGCUGUGCAGUUGGUAUCCGGAGGAAGUGGAAUCACAUCUGUGAAGGUGGUUUACGGAUCAGCUAGGGGACCGGACGACCUCGACACCAGACUCCUACGAGCGAUGAUCACGAAAGGCAUCAUUGAACCAAUAUCAAACACAAUUGUGAACCUUGUGAAUGCUGAUUUCGUUGCCAAGCAGAAAGGGCUUCGCAUAAGCGAGGAAAAAGUGGUUGUUGCUGAUUCAUCUCCAGAGCUACCUGUUGAUUCAAUCCAGGUACAGGUAUUCAAUGUGGAUUCCAAAUUCGCCAGCGCCAUAUCGGAGAGCGGUCAGAUCAGCAUUGAAGGGAAAGUGAAGUUUGGUGUGCCCCACCUGACAUGUGUGGGAUCCUUUGGUGUUGAUGUGAGCUUAGAAGGGAACCUGAUCUUGUGCCGACAGGUGGAUCAGCCUGGGAUGAUUGGCAGUGUUGGAAACAUACUGGGUGAACGAAACGUCAAUGUGAGCUUUAUGAGUGUGGGAAGGACAUCUCGUGGGAAGAAAGCUAUUAUGGCUAUUGGUGUGGAUGAAGAACCAGGCAAGGAGGCUCUUGAGACUAUUGGAGCUGUGCCUGCUAUUGAAGAGUUCGUAUUUCUCAAGCUAUAGUUGAUAUUUUUUAUCUAUAUGGAUUUGAAGUACCUGUGAGUUUGGGAAAGUAAUUAAGUUUAAGAUAGCUAUUGAUUGAAAAACAAACCUUAGUUUUGUUGCGCGUUUCAGAUGAGUUUUACCAGAGGUUUGUAGUGGACUACUAGAGGAAAUUUAAGGUUAUAGUGGAUGUAAUGGAUGAUUGAGAAUAAAACUAGCUGCAGACAUAAACAGCUAGCAUUAUUCACCUCCCCUGUCGUCUUCUCUGCACCAAGUUUUGCCAUAUAUAGCAUUAUCAUGGUUUCAA